AUGGGCUCUGUCGGUUUCACGCCAGUCUACGUUAGGAAGAGCCAAGGCGGCGAUGUCGUCACCCUAGUUGUCGCCUCCACCUGGUUGGAUCCAGAUGGAGCCACCAAAAGGGUUGCAGUGGACGUGUCAAGCACGUCGACUAGUAGAGGUUUCAAGCCUGCUAAGGUACAUAGUUGCUUUACAUUUGCUGCUAAUCCUGAUUUUCUCAAGAAUAAUAUUCGUGUGAAGCCGGAUCUUGAUGCUCUUGGUGAUGCUGGGUGGUACUGCCUCAGGGCAAUCCUUUGGCCUACUGAUUUUGAACUUCCCAAAUCAGUAGUUGCUUUGCACGGGCCUCUCCUCAACGAAGCAGGGGUGAUUCUAUCAUGUGGCGCCUCUUUAUAUUGGGAAGACGGGAAAGUAGCAACAUUCUACUGCUCUUUCCUGGCAAACUUCACCACGGAUGUAACUGUUGUUGGAACAAAGGGCAAGUUGCAUCUUAAUGACUUUGUUGUUCCUUUUGAAGAAAACAAGGGUUCAUUCUGUGCAGGUACAGAAUCUGGGACUACAGAACUUGUGAUAGCGGGGGUACCAGAGCCAAGUGAGCACACUGUCAUGACAGAUCUUCCCCAGGAAGCUCUAAUGGUGAAAGAGUUUUCUAUGUUGGUUGGCAGCAUUAAAAACAAUGGUUUAAAACCAGAGAAGAAGUGGCCGACCCUCAGUCGAAAGACACGGCUGGUGUUGGAUGCAGUAAAAGCGUCCAUUGAGAGAGAUUUGGUGGCUGUCGAGGUUGUGAGUUAA